AUGACAAUUGUUUGCAACGUAUGCGAGCUUGGAAAAUCGAAAUAUAAGUGUCUGGAUUGUCUGAUUUCUUAUUGUUCUCUUGACUGCAGGAAGAAUCACAAAUCUUUAACAACAUGUAAGCCUGUAACAUACAGACAUACAGAUGAACUUAAAGAUGUUUUAAAAUACCACGAAUUGAAAGAGAUGUUAAUAGCAACUGAUAAAUUUAAACAUCCUUCACAAGCAAUUCUGGCAGCAAUGAUCGAACGUAUGUUUGUCGAAUUUGCUGACAUUUGCCUGAAAAUUGUUGAGCCUCCAGCAGAAAGAAAAAUCUAUUUGUAUACUCGGAAUGUCUUUUCUCCACGUAACAGUUGUAUGCACUGCAUUAAGUUCUUUCCUUGA